CUGGAGUUGAUUCUCCAAUAGCUUCACUCCCCCUACUUUUUUUUUCGAGAAAUGCGAUAGGAUAGGACGCAAUAGAAUACGAUACGACACCUACGCUCUGUGCCUAUAAUACCCUUUCCCUUCCUUACGUCUACGUAGGUAACGCGCCUUGUUCUCUUCUUCGUCUUCGUCUCGUCUUCUCCAAUACGGUACUCUUCAACUCCCGACAGCAACGCUACGAUCAAUGUCGAUGUAACCAUUUGCCCCACGUUCCUCCUACCUUCCUACCUCUGUCCGCUCCUUAUCUCCUGCUCAACAACAGAGCGCGGUACUUUUUGAAGCCGACAAGCACAAUUUCUACAGCCGCCGAAAACUAAAGUCGCCCCGAAACUAAUUAUCAAGAAGCAUAUUGUGUUCGCAUGCAAAAUGAGCGACUUGGAUAGGUGCGAUUCCAAUGCCUAUUCCAAACCUUACCGCCAAAUAUCCGAUCUUGCACUAACAAAUUUCCUAAUUUCAGAGCAAUCGCCCAGUUACGGGCAUGUCGACCUAUUCCAGAAGCGCAGGUUCGCGAAAUAUGUCACAAGGCGCGAGAACUUCUAAUUGAGGAGGGAAAUGUCGUCACGGUGAAAGCGCCAGUAACAGUAUGUCUCAAAAUCAUGUGUCACUUUGCGCAGACAAAAAGUCAUGCUCACACAAUUUUCAUAGAUCUGUGGCGACAUCCACGGACAGUUCCAUGAUUUAAUGGAAUUGUUCCGAGUCGGCGGCGAUGUGCCAGAUACUAAUUACUUGUUCAUGGGUAAACCCUACUUCCAUUCAACAUCUGAACAUCAGCUAAUCAGCUACAAUUGUAUAGGCGAUUUCGUUGAUCGGGGCUUCUACUCUCUCGAAUCGUUCCUCCUACUUCUCUGUCUAAAAGUACGAUACCCAGAUCGCAUGACCUUGAUCAGAGGCAACCACGAGUCCAGACAAAUUACGACUGUUUACGGAUUCUAUGACGAAUGUUUACGAAAAUACGGCAGCGCAAAUGUGUGGAGAUAUUGCUGUGAGGUUUUCGAUUAUCUGGCUUUGGGCGCAAUUGUCCUCGGGGCGUCGACUGCACUAGAGCCAACACAGCAGAAGGGACCAUCAAGCAGUCGUACAUCAACCCAAGAAUAUAUUGACUCCGAUAUCGAAAUCGAGAUAUUAGGCAGCGACAAUGGGGUAGUGUCGAGAAUACCAAGAGGCAAAUCAAAGGAAGCUGUAGCUCAGAAUAGCUCGCCAUCCAAAUCGUCUUCGCCUGCUACAAAACCAGGGCCUCCCGGAACCGCUGCUUCUGGUUGGAGCAGAGGUACGACGGGAAGUACUAGUGGUGCCAUAUUCUGUGUCCAUGGCGGCCUAUCCCCCUUAGUUGAGUCGAUUGACAAAAUCCGGCUGUUGGACCGUAAACAAGAAGUCCCACAUGAAGGGGCAAUGUGCGAUCUACUCUGGUCUGAUCCUGACGAAAUUGAUGGAUGGGGUCUUUCUCCUCGCGGUGCAGGAUUCCUCUUUGGUGCGGAUAUUGCCAAAAGCUUCAACCAUGUCAACGAUCUCUCCAUGAUUGCCCGAGCUCAUCAACUUGUUAUGGAGGGUUUCAAAGAGAUGUUUGAUAAUAAUAUAGUGACAGUCUGGUCCGCCCCAAAUUACUGCUAUCGAUGUGGCAAUGUGGCAGCAAUUUUAGAGUUGGCUGAGGAUGGCAUGGGCGAAUCUGCUCAUCAACGAAGCAACGGUGAUGUAAAUCGAAGCAAUGGAGGCAUGUCCGAGGAAAGCGCUCGUGUGCUGCUUGCUGGUCCUGCAAGGAGAUAUCGGGUGUUUCAGGCCGCACCGCAGGACUCGAGGGGUAUGCCAGCGAAAAAGCCCCAAGCAGACUAUUUUCUGUAG